GCAACAUACGGUGGUGUUAACAUGUUAACGUGUCCAGUUUGACAAGAGGCCAGUUUUCCCGAAAAACUAAGCCAAGUUAGCAAGCUAACAGUUGAGCUUCCUUCAGAUGCCUGAUGCUAGCUGCUAGUUAGCUGUUCUUCCUCUGCUCCACAGUACGAUGGCCGCAAUCAGAAAGAAACUUGUGAUAGUCGGCGAUGGAGCCUGUGGUAAAACCUGUCUCCUCAUAGUCUUCAGCAAAGAUCAGUUCCCCGAGGUUUAUGUGCCCACUGUGUUCGAAAACUAUGUGGCAGACAUUGAGGUGGAUGGUAAACAGGUGGAGCUGGCUCUCUGGGACACAGCGGGUCAGGAGGACUACGAUCGACUGAGGCCUCUCUCCUAUCCAGACACAGACGUCAUUCUCAUGUGUUUCUCCAUCGACAGCCCUGACAGUUUAGAGAAUAUUCCAGAGAAGUGGACUCCUGAGGUCAAGCAUUUUUGCCCCAAUGUGCCCAUUAUUCUUGUGGGAAACAAGAAAGACCUGCGGAACGAUGAGCACACACGUCGAGAGCUAGCUAAGAUGAAACAGGAACCAGUGAAGUCCGAGGAGGCGAGGGACAUGGCCAACCGAAUCAAUGCCUUUGGUUACCUGGAGUGCUCAGCCAAGACGAAGGACGGUGUGAGGGAGGUGUUUGAAAUGGCCACCAGGGCGGCGCUGCAGGCAAAGAGGCGAGGCAAGAAAAGCGGCUGCGUUCUUUUAUAAAGUCAAGCGACGCAGCAGCAGGAGGGAAGGGGGGGAAACAAACAAGGCCAAGAAAAACACACCUUCACUGUGUCUGUUGUCAGUGAGGUGGCCACAGGGAGGAGGGAGAAAAUUCAAACUGGGCUAAAAGAAAAAAAGAAAAGGAAGGUCAAAUGCAACGGAUAUGGGAAUAUAUACAUUUAAGUUCAAGGUUAUUGCUUUUAGCUCUCAAAAUAGAAAUACUGUACUUGUUAAGGAUUAAUUAAAGCUGAAAUUAAGAGAACAUGUCACUCUCUCUCUCAGUGGAGGACGAUGAACCAUAGUUCUACGGUUUGUGGUUGAGAUUAGGGGGCGACAGAUUAUAUUCUUGCCUAACUAACUGUUGGAAAAUUCCAUGGCUUGCAGUGUGACUGUGCUUGUCUUUCAGUUUAGCUCUAACAUUCUUUACAUUUUUCAUUCUCCUUUAUUCCCAAAGUUAGUCCAAACUAACUUAAACAUGGACCUGCUUUUCUUUUCUUUUUCUUUUUUUAAUCACCCUGUAACGUUUGAUUCCAUUUUUUCUUUCAUUUUAAAAAGCUGAGAGUAUGAUUAUUUGCAGUUACAAGUAAAAAAAAAAGGAAAAAUACGCGACUCGAUUUGAGUGUUUUAUAUUCAAAUGUAAAAUACUACUUGUUGAUUGAGCUUAACUUGGCUCGACUGAAAUAAAUUGGAAUGGACACUCCGCACCACGUCGGCUAUGAAGCGGUUAACUUAACAUUAUUGUCCUCAAGACAGUAAUUUACAGAUAUUAUUGGGUCUAAUUUAAUCUCCACAGCAGAGGCCAGUUAUUCUGACUAAAGAAAAUACAUCAUUUAUCUCUAUCUCUUCCAUGUUAACCUGACAAGAUGGGUACAAUUCUAUUGUACUUUCAGCAUUUCUUUUUUCAGCAUAAAUGCUGUUUUCUGUUUUUUUAGCUCUGCAUUUUUUGUGACUGGUAUUUUUUUUAUUUUGAAAAACAUCAUUUUGAAAUAUCAGGCAUAACUUUCAAGGUGCAAAAUGUAAAAAGUGAGCACCAGCAUGUCGGAACAGAACAAGCCCGACCAUGUCCACACAUGUGUUGUUCGCAGGUGUUGUCAGCGCCGAAGGUGAAAGUAAAAGUGGACGGUCACCUUCAGCUCCAUGACUUAAACUAUUUUCUGCCACUUACUGAAUUUUUUUUACUCAUAGCGUCUAUCGCUUCAGCCAAACUGGACCUGGGAACUCAAAGACAUGGGAAGUCCAGUUCACAAAACAUAGUCAACUUGAUGUUAGUUGUUUUUAGAAAUCUUGGGCAGCCAAUGGCCGAUAAUUGAUGCUGAUUUAUGAUUUUUUGUUUUGGCUCAUAUUCAGCCAAUUUUCUUUUUCUCCAUUUGUGGAAAUUAUUGUUAAAUGCUAACAGAUAAUACAAAGAAUUAGGGCUGCAACUAAUUAUUAUUUUCAUACUUAUUUGGUCUGUUAAAUGUCAGAAAAUGUUGUUCAAACCUAGAAAUGAUGUCUUGUUUUGUUCACAAACCAAAAAUGAUUCCGUUUUAAUGAUUUCUUUGUUAUAUGGAGCAAAGAAACAAAAAAAAUCUUCAAGAUUCCCAUAGAAACAAUCCCAAAUGAAUGCAUCAUAUUCAUAAACGGUGUCAAGUGGUUUUCGACAUGUGUUCGGAUGUUAUUGGCAGACAAUAUUUAAGUGAAAAAAAUAUAGUAUAUCAGAAUAUUAUCAGGAAAAUCAGCAUUAUAUCGUUUAGCCCUAUUAUUGAUAGUGCAGGCAGAACACAGUAAUUUUGUGGCACAUCCAUAUUAUUGACACACUGACAUUUUGACAGGCCAAAUGUUGCAUAUUGCACCUUCUAAAAAGUGUUUAAGGGAGGGAAAAGCAAAGUGGAAGAGACUGAAAACAGUAAUUGUGUUAGAGAGGUGAAAACGCACCCCUCUGUGUUUUUAACCCUCUGCUCUUCUGUGGAUGUUAUUUCCACACUCUGUCAUUCCACUCAUACAGCUUUUCUUUUUUCUGCUUUGUUGUAUUUAACUAUGUGAUAUUCUACUGGCUUAUAUAUAUGUUUUAUGUAUUAUUUGCACACAACUUUACACAAAAGGUCAAUGUGGGUAUAUAUAUAUACUGUAUAUACACACACUUGAAAAGUAUAUGAUGUCAGAUGAUGAAAUACAAAAUGCAAGCGCUCCCUAAGGAUUGGUCAUUUAUACAAUUCUUUUGUAUGCAGAAAGUAUCCUGACGCUUCUCCAGUCGUCUUUUUUAAUGUAUUCUAAAAGGAAAUAAAUUGAAACAGACAGAGAAUGACCAAAGUC